UUAGGUGUGAGUUGCUCAUUAACAAUUUCUUUUUUUGUUCCAAGGGUGGGAAAGGAAAUUUGAGGUGUGAAUGGUCAUUACAAUGUGUGGCAAGAUUGGUGGGAACAUCCUGUGUUCAGUGUUUUGUCCAUCUGAGUACCUUGAAAACGCUUUGCAUUCAUUUUUCAUGAUGAAAAAAGGCUCUGGACAGCAUUGGGAACUGGAAGAUUCAAUUUGCAGCGUUUACAAGCGUUCACAAGCAUUUUUUCAUUUGAAACGUCUGAUAAAAUCGACUGCUAAACGCAAGUUUCUGCGU